GACUGUACUGGUCGAUAAGAUAAUAGGAAUGCAGUUGUAUCAAAUAAAUCAUUAUUGCAAGUGUAUAUAUUGCAAGAAUCUAAAAUAUUUGAUAGUUUGUGAUGAAAUCGGUUCUUGUAUUCAUAUUUAACAAAUAUUUUGCGAAAGCCAUUAAAAAAGGAGGAUGGAUGUGAAAGAGCAAAGUAAAGAAAUAUGUGACGUGAUGAACGCUUUUGAAAAUGUGCAACGGGAAAUAAAGACAGAGAUGGAGAAAUUAAAAAAUCAACUGAGAUGUAUGGAAAAAGAUUGGACAGAAAACAAAAAUAAAUUAAAAGAAAGAAUAAAAGAAUUAGAAGUAACAUACGAAAAAUAUAAUAAGAUUAAAGACGAGAUAAGACAAAUGGAGAUGAAUAGUGAAAGAGAAGAUGUGGAAUGUGUAAAGGAUAUGGGAAUUGAGAUGAUGAAAGAGUGGCUUGAGAAAUUCGAGGAAGAUGAGAAAGGUAUAAUGCAAGAGGAGAGAAAGAAAAAUAAUACGAAGAACGCAUUGAUCUUCCCUACUACUCCAAAUACAUCUCAAUUGCAAAGUACAGCUACUUCUAUUAAUACAGACUUUGGUCGAAAUAACAACGAUUGUAACUUGAUAGAAAUUCCUAGCACUUCAUCGGGAAGACGUGCGCAAAACAAGAACACUUUUCGGUUAAAUGAAUCAAAUAGAUCAAAUACUGCUAAUGGCAAUACAGUAUCAAAGGAUAGAACAAAUCAUACUUCCUCGAUUAAUUUCGAUGUUUUGAACAAUUUUGCGAACAAAUCAGAUCACUCUGCGUCCAAUAAUUCUCGCAAUGCUAACAUUAUAUGUAAUUGUAAAAAACCUGCUAUUCCAAGACUUCUAAAAUUUGGAUUAAAUAAAAAACGUCUAUUUUACACAUGCAGUGAAAACGUUUGCAACUUUUUGAAAUGGGCAAAUGAGGAUAGUGCAAAAUUUCAAGAUAAUGCAGGGAAAAAACGUUCAAUGGUAUCGAGACCGGACAAAAACAGCGAUAGUAACUUUUCUCGCCCUAGCACUUCUAAAGACAAUUGGGAUAACCCAUCCACGAAUGUUAUGUGUAACUGUAAUCAGCCCGCUCAAAAGAUGACCGUUUACAGAGAUAGCCCUAAAAAGGGACGACUAUUUUAUAGAUGUCCCAACGGUCCAACUUCCACUUGUAAUUUUUUCAAGUGGGCAGAUAAGAAUGAUAACGGAAUUCCUGAAAAACCAAACGCCAAAAAGCCCAAACUUAUCGGGGGCGGGAGAAAAUGCGGAUUUUGCGGAGUAGAAGGUCACACGAGAGACAAAUGUCCAAAUGUAAUCAGUCACUCACGUUAUCUCUCCCUUUUGAGUUAUAUUGAUGAAUUUUUUCGAAAACAGGAACGUAAAUAAUAUACAGUUGUAACGAUUAGCGUUAUAAAAAGCUUAAUUAGAAUAGAGAAGUGUCAAACACAGUUUUUAUCUGUAAGAGUUGAUUUCUGCCUUGUAACUCUUUUACAAGUAUUAAGAUUGGAAAAAAG